AUGGCUUGGCCGAACAAGAACAAAGACAUGAUCUACCGUCGGGUAGGCAAUUCUGGGUUGCACGUCUCUGCCCUAGGCCUCGGUGGCUGGCUCACCUUUGGAGGCCAUGUAGACAAUGAGGUCGCCUUCCAAUGUAUGAAGCAAGCAUAUGACUGCGGAAUUAACUUUUUCGACACCGCCGAGAGCUAUGCUGGAGGAGAGUCGGAAGUCGUGAUGGGCCAAGCGAUCAGAAGAUACGGGUGGAAGAGAAGCGAUAUCGUCAUUAGCACAAAGCUCAACUGGGGUCUUGCAAACGGCGAGAUUCUCAUCAACAAUCAUGGCUUGUCGCGUAAGCACAUCAUUGAGGGUACUCAGGCAUCAUUGAAGCGCCUCCAGCUGGACUAUGUCGAUAUAAUUUACGCCCACCGUCCGGAUCGAUUGACCCCUAUGGAAGAGACCGUGCGAGCAUUCAAUUUCGUAAUUGAUAAGGGCUGGGCCUUUUACUGGGGAACCUCAGAGUGGUCGGCAGAUGAGAUCGCAGAGGCUUGUGGUAUUGCGAAAAGUCUAGGCCUGAUUGCUCCGAUCGUUGAACAGCCACUCUACAAUAUGCUGGACCGCGCCAAGGUCGAGGGGCAGUAUCAGCGCCUAUACUCCAGGUUUGGCCUGGGUCUCACGACCUUCUCGCCGUUGAAGAUGGGGCUCCUGAGCGGGAAGUAUAACAAUGCCACAACGCAGCCUCCUCCUGGCUCUCGAUUUGCAGAGAGCAAGGAUAAAUUUGCUAAUGGGGCUCGCGAGACCUGGGAAAGUGAGCAAUGGGCGGGAAAGAUCAAGAUAAUCAAUGGCCUCCAGUCAAUAGCAGAUAGCCUCGAGGUGACGCUUUCACAGUUGGCGCUUGCGUGGUGUCUGAAAAACGAAAAUGUCUCGUCGGUCAUUACUGGAGCAUCACGACCGGAACAAGUCAUUGACAACGUCAAGAGCUUAGAAAUCCUACCGAGAUUAACGCCGGAGAUAAUGACCCAGGUUGACGAGUACCUUCAGAACAAGCCCGCAUUAGAUCCUGCUCGACAGGAUUAA